CAUCCACGGGGACCAAGUCGCGCGCCAACAACCCCAACACUAGUGCUCCGUCGCUGCGUCGUCGGUCAUCAUCCUCACUUCUCUGUGCCGUUGUGCCACGGAAUCCCUGUCCCUGCACCUCGGUGCCUGCUUUUGCGACGAGCUUUGUAUAGGUUUUUGUGCUUGUGUUUGUGUUGUUUGGAAUUUGGGUUGUUUUUUUGGUUUGGCUGGAUAUCCCAUGCGCUAGGGCUAGGGCUGCAACAGGGGAGAUCAAGCGUAGGUGACAGGAGGAGGAGGAGGUGGAGUAAGAGGAGGAGAUAGUUUUUGAAUCGUGGAAGUCGUAUGCCCGGAUCGGGACUAGUAGGAAGCAGAGAUGGCGUUGAAAUCGAUCCAGAGAUCGGCCACGGUCGCAUUUGCGCCGAUGGCGCAAGUGAUGGCCGUCGGCACCAUGGCCGGUGCCAUAGAUUCGAGCUUCAGCUCGUCGGCUAAUCUGGAGUUGCUCAAGCUGGACUUCGCUAGCACCGAUUUGGACAUGCCCGUGUUGAGCUCGGCAGGAGUGCCGGAACGUUUUAAUCGCUUGUCGUGGAGUAACGUCGGGGCCGGGUCGUCUGAGGAAUUCCCUUAUGGUGUGAUCGCGGGUGGGCUUGCGGAUGGUUCUCUUCACUUUUGGAACCCUCACAAACUCCUGAGCGAGGAUCCAGCUGAACAAGAGGUUGCUGCGGUUUACAAAAACUCACAAGCGCACAAUGGCAACGUUUGGGGAUUGGAGUUCAGUACGUUAAGUCCGAAUAUUUUGGCUUCUGGCGGGGAGGAUGGCGAGUUACUUGUCUGGGACUUGUCGACUCCGUCUGCUGCUUCUACCUUUCCCCCUCUGAAGGUAAGUGGCGCUUCCUCAUCUUUUUACUGUAUUAGGUCUUCUACCGUAACAACUCUUUUUUCCAACUUGAUUUGCAAUAUUCAGGGCGCCAUUCAAAGUCAAAUCAGUUAUGUCUCCUGGAAUCGAAAGGUGCAACCUAUUGUCGCCUCAACAUCAUACAGCGGGACCACUGUCGUUUGGGACCUGCGACGUGCUAAACCAGUGAUUAGUUUUACGGACCCUACCAGUCGCCGACGUUGCUCUACGUUGCAGUGGAAUCCAGAAGUUGCCACACAGUUGAUUGUGGCAUCCGACGAUGAUCGGUCGCCAUCUCUGCAGGUCUGGGACUUGCGAAACUCAGUUUCUCCUAUUAAGGAGCUUGUUGGACACACUAAAGGGGUGCUAUCAAUGGCUUGGUGUCCUUCUGACAGCUCUUUACUGUUGUCAUCCUCCAAAGACAAUCAGACAUUGUGUUGGGAUACCGCGUCCGGAGAGAUCCUUUGUGAAGUUCCUGCCGGCAACAACUGGAACUUCGAUGUCCAAUGGUCACCUUGCACUCCUGGUGUUUUGUCAACGUCAUCUUAUGAUGGGAGAAUUGGCAUUUACAACAUCGAAGCUUGCAGCAGGGCACCAUCUUCACGUGACCCUUUUGGUGGAACUGUGGGUGAGAGAGAGUAUUCCACUGCCUUAAGGAAGGCACCUAAGUGGCUGAAACGGCCUGUUGGCGCAACAUUUGGAUUUGGAGGAAAACUUGUGUCAUUUGCGCCCAAGAAAGCUGCCCCAGGGGCAGCUGCUGCAGGAUCGGAGAUCCGCAUCCAACAUUUACUCACAGAGGAAGGGCUUGUUAAACGAUCUACACAAUUCGAAGAAGCCAUCGCUGGUGGUGAAAGAUCAGCCUUACGCAAUUUUUGCGAGUCGAAGGCCUCAGCUGCAGCGUCUGAAGAAGAUGCAGAAACAUGGAGUUUUCUUAAAAUCAUGUUUGAUGAAGAGGCGCGGAAAGAGCUACUGGCUCAUUUUGGCUUCUCAGCUCCUGUUUCGCUACAGGAAAACUCUGAGGAACAAGAGGGAGAGAAUCCUGUCAGUGAAGUGCUAGCAAAUUUGGAGUUGAAGGAGACUCUUCCUGUAGAAGAACCAAAAGUACCACCUGUGGUCUCACUUGAUGAUAAUAUUUUAGAGGGUGCAGAUGAUGGUGAAGACUUUUUUGAUAGACUUGAGAUCCCUCCAACGCCUACGGAGCCAAAUCCCCCACCUAUGCACAUCAAUGACACACAAGAUACUCCAGAAGCCAAGAGUGAGGAUGUCGGAACAGAGCUUGUGAAUGAUGAGGCGAAUGAGGAGGCAAAUUAUGAGGGAGACAAUGAAGUUGAUGAAGCGAUUCAACGUGCAUUAGUGGCAGGCGACUUCAAAGUCGCAGUGGAUAUAUGCCUCCGCUCUGAUCGUGUGGCAGAUGCACUUGUCAUGGCUGCGGUUGGUGGUACAGCUCUUUGGGAAAAUACUCAGAAGGAAUAUUUCCGGAGAACAAAUCGCCCCUAUCUGAAGGUGGUUUCGGCAGUAGUGAACGACGAUUUACAGGGUUUGGUGGAGAGCCGGCCUCUGAAAGCCUGGAAGGAAACUUUGGCAUUGAUUUGCACCUAUGCACGCAGUGAGGAUUGGAAAACUCUUUGUGACGCCUUGGGAGCUCGUCUCGAUGCUAGCCAUAAUAUUCAAGCGGCUACUCUCUGUUACAUCUGUGCUGGUAAUAUCGACAAAACUGUAGGUAUUUGGUCGAGAGCCUUGAAGUCCAAGAAAGGUGGACCAGAAUUCGUGGAUGUGCUUCAGGAUAUCAUGGAGAAGUCUGUUGUUUUGGGACUGGCUACUGGCACGAAACAGGUCAGCAUGUCUUUGGCUAGGUUGGUCUGUUACUACGCAGAGCUUCUUGCAAGCCAAGGACUUCUAUCCACUGCCCUUGAAUACAUAAAACUUGUUCCAUCGGAUGACUCGUCGCCAGAGUUGUCAGCUUUACGGGAACGCAUAACCCAAAGUGGUCAAGCGGCUGCAAUCAAAUCGAGUGUUCCUUCAUAUUCGGAACCCACUCCAGUUCAGGAACCACCAUAUUACCCGCCUGAAACUUAUCGGCGGGAGCCCACUAGUUCACCUUCAUAUUCUAAAAAUAUCCCACCUUCACAACCUAUGGAGAAUCUGUUUCCAAUGCAGCCAAUUUCACAAGUCCAGUACAAUCAGCCACAGCCAAAUCAUCCGGCUCCAAAUCUACCAGCUCGGGCGUUCGUUCCAAGUCCACCACAGAACGUUUCAAGCUUCACUCCAAGUCCACCACAGAACGUUUCAAGCUUCACUCCAAGUCCACCGCAGAACGUUUCAAGCUUCACUCCAACUCCACCACAGAACGUUUCAAGCUUCACUCCAACUCCACCACCUACUUUUCAGCCUUCAUAUGAUGCUCCCCCUCCAUCUUACCAGGGACCAACAAGGCAACCAUACAUAGGUACGAGCUUGCAGCAAUCUCGCUUUGUACCUUCAGCAGGUGCUUUUCCUGGUAUGACUGCACAGCAGCCCAUGCAACCAGGAGUUCCAGCUCCUUCCAAUAUGCCAAGCCCAGCGCUUCCUAGCAUGCCUCCAGUUCCAAUGGCACCAGGCUUCAUGCCUGUGCCUACACCUUCACAGCAGCAGGUAGUUGCGCAAGAGCCUCUCAAUCCCCAAACUGCCGGCAAUACUAACCCUACUCCAUCAUUCACAGCGGUUGCCACAGUGCAAACCGCCGACAUUUCGAACGUUGCAGCUGAAUUGAAACCAGUGGUGUCUACAUUGACGAGAUUGUUCGAUGAAACUUCGACUUUUCUCGGAGGAGGCAAAGCACCACCUGCUAAAAAGCGGGAGAUAGAGGAUAAUUCUCGAAAGUUGGGAGCUCUUUUUGUUAAGUUGAACUCUGCCGACUUGUCAGAUAAUGCUUCUAAAAAGCUUGUUCAGCUUUGCCAGGCAAUAAAUGGGCGUGACUACACCGCUGCGAUGCAAAUACAGGUGGCCUUGACAACAAGCGACUGGGACGAAUGUGGGUUUUGGUUAACUGCUUUGAAGCGUAUGAUCAAACUGCGCCAAUCAAUGAGAUAAUAGUUUUGUCCUCAUCAUUCUUGGUAGAAUUCAGUAAGAAUAACCAUUUAGCCUCUUGUUCUCGUACAUAUGUCGUCAGAUUGCGAGCCAUGAGUAGAUUUCUAGUUGAAAUCAUUGCCAACAGGAUGCAGCACUUAUGGAAGAAGGAUUAGAAGAAUCAACGAAGUAUCCUAAUUUCUUAAAUUUAGUUGAGACAUUCAUGGUGGUUAGCUCAUCAUGGUGAUGAAGCUGAGCUUCCUGGGGAAAUGUCGAGCUGUUCUAGAGCAAGCUUUCGUCUGAUUUUUCCGGACUCUGUAGCAAUUUUUUUUUUGAGUUUACCUCUUCAAAAAUCCGUUCACCUGAAAACCAUUAACACUUAUGCCA